UAUCGUCACUUGUGUGCGCUUGCUUUCAAGAGACGAUCAGGCCACGUUUAACCAUGCGAUGGACAUUUAUGUUUGUUUUUGGCCUUUGGACUUUGGUCCAUGAGCCAUCCGUCGUUCAUACAAAGGUCUAUCAAGUCCGACGCCACACUAUCGUGAAACGCCGCGUAGCGUGCUAUGGCGUUCUGGGAUGCUUCAGCACUGAAGGGCCUUUCCGAAAUAUUCCAUAUCGACCGCUUAACCUACUUCCGGCCACGCGCAAGAGUAUUGGAACUAAAUUUUCCCUUUUCACGCACCGAAGUAAAAUACACGCUGAUAGCCUCGUGGCCGAUGAUGCCUCUACUGUUUCAAAAUCACUCUUUAGUGCUGCUAAAGAAACCAAAAUGAUUGUCCAUGGCUUCAUUGAAACGGGGAAAGAGAAAUGGCUACAUGAUAUGAAAGACAAGCUGCUACUGGCUGGCGAUUAUAACGUGAUAAUCAUUGACUGGGGUGGCGGUUCCUUCCUCCCUUACACACAGGCCACUGGUAACACACGUUUAGUUGGAGCCGAGACCGCCUUGUUGAUUCAAACAAUAUGCAAUGUUACUGGCGCCCGCCCGGAAUCUUUUCAUAUCAUAGGACAUAGCCUUGGAGCCCAUUUAGCGGGAUAUGCCGGAGAAAGACUCAAGUCUCUGGGGAGAAUUACAGGCAUGGAUCCGGCAGAUCCGUAUUUCUCCUACACGGAUAAGGUAGUUCGUCUUGACCCAACGGAUGCCAAGUUGGUGGACGUUAUUCACACUGAUGCUGACCAUAUCUUGUCCACUCUGAAAGCCAGUGGAGGUUUUGGGAUUGAACAGCCAGUCGGUCAUUUGGACUUUUAUCCAAAUGGCGGAAGCCAGCAGCCCGGUUGUGAGCAUACUCUGAGCAUGAUGUCGGAAGUGUUCACAGCCGGUUUGUAUAAUGGAGGGAAGAAAUUCUUUGUCUGCGAUCACACCCGCGCCCAUGAGCUGUUUACAGACUCAGUUACGUCCACCUGUCCGUUCAUUGGUUUCAAAUGUAAUAGCUACGAUGAAUACAAGAGUGGAAAAUGCUCUAGUUGCGGAAAAUGGGGCUGUCCUCAAAUGGGACUCAAUGCAGAUAAAUUCCCACUGGCGCAGUUAACGGGAAUAAAUAAUAAGUUUUAUUUAGAUACGAACGGAGCAAGUCCAUUCUGUAGUUAUCAUUAUGAGGUCAAGGUUCAAGUGAGUCAAAAUAUGGGAGCUGCUUCUGAGAGAGGAACGAUUUCACUUGUCCUCACAGGCACCAAGGGGACGUCGGAAAAAAUUCCUUUAACGGAAUCAAAUGUCGACAUCAGUCCCGGGGACGUUCUUGUGUCUAAGUAUUCCACUAGUCGAGAUAUCGGCACGCUUCAAAGUAUUGCGGUUAGCUGGGUACACAGUGCCAAUCUACUCAAACCGUGGGAGUGGAAUCUGUUUGGAAUGCGAAAUCCAAAGAUAUCUGUCUGGCAAAUUGAAGUGUUCGCUCCAGCUAUGAAUCAAAGAUACAGCUUUUGCUCGAAAGGCGAAUUCCUUGAAAACAAUUCACCAAAAACCUACAACGUUGCUUCGAGAUCGUGCAGUGCGCAGUCCAACAUCGUCAUAGGAUAAUAAAGGGUCUUUAAAAACACGCCGUUUGGACAUUGUUUUAAUAAGUAUGCACAUCUUUCGAUUCUGAAUUGGAGCAAUGCAGCAGCUAUAACCCAGUUGUUUUACCAUGGCACAGUUUCCUUCUAAAUUUCGCUGUCACAUAACUAAAAUAAAUAGAAUUACCACAAUUCAUUAAAUUUGAAAACAUCCUUUUUUAACGCGAUCCCAACAUCUGCGUUCGUGUAUGUAUGCUACACCGUAAAAAAAUAAUUAUAAUAUAACAAUACCUGCAUUUUGUUUAGAUCUUGGAACUAAUUUCACUCUUAUUAAAGUAACAAACACGGUGUAUGCGUUUCAUCUAUAUGCAUAGUGGUUUAUUGAACGUAAGUGAGCGAAGGUCCUGUUGUCUUCGAUUUGUUACAUGCUGUCAAGCCAUACAAGAGAAUUAAGCAAAAGAUUUGACUCAGAGAUACUAAUGCCAUAACAACAGUGUAUAGAAACUGCCUACACCCAUGUGGGCGUCUGUUUGAUUCCUUUAGAAUCUAUUCAGUAACAGUACCAGUCUAGCUGAAGAUAUUGUACUUGCUCUAUAUUACACACUAAAGAGGACAAAUAUUUUGUUAGAGAGAGUGUCAAUCAAACUGUCAUUUCCAAGAGUCAAGUUAAAUCAGAUUUUUUCCACUUGUCCACGUCUCUUAAUCGCAAAACGUCAGACAACGGGGUACAGUUUUUCAAAGCUUUACAUUGGGUUAUAACUAUUGUUUUAAAAGGAAUAAAAGAACACCACUUCAGAGCAGUCAAAUUUAGAUGGAAUUUCGCUGAUAUUUGAAGAUAGAACGUUACCAAAUUUUGUCAAAAUGUAAAUGUAGUAAAGACUGAAGCUAGUUGCGUUUGUAAGUUAUAUGGUGUAACGGUCUUUCAAGAAAUCUUUUCUUCCUUUUAAACAAAUGAACAAGAUUACAUAGUAACUGCAGUUCAGUACAUGCAGGAAAACGCUGAGACAUUUCGUGUCUAUGAAGCAGUCCCGGAGCAAAAGAGCGCGCCAGCUUGAAAUACGCCUAUUUCAAUUUUGUCUUGUCCUGCCAAGCGAAAAUAAGAACAAAAUAUACAGUAAGUAUGAGUUCAUUCCCAAACAUUACGUGCCUAAAAGCAGAGGGGGUAAAGCCACAUUUAUGAAUCACAAGCAGUAUUAUUCAAAGUAUUUUACGGUGUACAUGUAAGACAGAGCAAGCGUUUUGUAAACCAAGCUACUGAACAUUUAAUAUCAGUUGUAGACGAAGUUCAGCAAAAUAGCUGCCCAUGUGAAGUGUAAAUUAAAUCUUGCGCUGUCAUCGCCAAUGACAUUGUCCUCUAAUUUUGAAAACGCAAAGAGGGACAGUUAUUUUACCGAUAUUACACAGUUCAUUUAAACCACACCAACAGGGAUAAAACUGAAGAUAUGCAAAUGCUACAAUUGCUUUUGGAUAUAUGAAUUAUAAGUAGUGACGAAUAAAUAAUACUGUCUACAAGCCAUAGUCGCAUUGCUC